AGGGGAGUGGGGGUUUUCAUAUGGGAGGGCGAGGGCUGCAGCACCGUACUUCCCACCUCGUCGGUAGCACGUAGGUUGUAGGCGCUGUAUGGCGUGGUGCGUGACCCCAUGAGGGACCCUGAGCAAGAUUGGAAGACUGAAGACGAGUGGGAGUGCAUGGGAAACCCGAUGCAAAUGAAUCGACAACUUAGAGGGGGGGAUUGCGCACCAAGCGAGAGUACUCGACGUUUGGAGGGACAUAUCUGUGGAGGACUCACCAAGUUUUAAACCACUCAAUCUCUUUGUCCUCCUGCACAGACAGAACGCAACCAUGAUGGCGAGGAAACUCCUCACCAAGGUUUCUUUGUGCUUAGCCUUGCCUCAAUUCAUCGCUCGAGAGUAAAUGGAAAUACAUUCUCGAUUGAGCCUGCACGGGUUACUUCGGAGUGGCACGGCAAGCUCCGCGGCAUGAGGAUGACGAGGCUGGUGGCAGAGUGUCCAAAGACUAUUAAGGGUUGUGAUUUC